AUGGAUUCAUCGAACAGUUCUUCUCCCCAAGUGGACGCUAAACCCUACGAUGACGGACCCGGCUCGAUUGAAAAUAUACAUAAUAAGGCGCACGAUAUUUUCCCUGUCCCGUUCUCUGGAAUUAAACUGCUCAUAAAUAAGGGACUGUCUCCACACUUCCAAGUCAACCAUUCGCUCACCCUUAGCAGCAAUGAGUCUGCUGGGUAUCGAUUUGGUGCCACAUACGCCGGUCAUAACAAAGUUUCGGAAUCGGAGGCGUAUCCCGUUUUAAUGGGCGAGCUCCAGCCGGAUGGACAGUUACAAGCACAAAUGGUUACACAAGUCUCCCCGUUGAUUCGGAUGAGAUACCUUGCCCAGAUCCAGCGCUUUAAAAUGGCCGGACAACAACUUUCCACGGAAUUUCGUGGCGGCAAAUGGAAUGCUGGCAUUACUCUCAUUAAUCCCGACAUAAAUCGUGGACAAGUGAUGUCAGCGAUCGAUACUGUGCGUCAAGUUUCCAAGAGGUUUUAUCUUGGAACGAUGUUUUUCUACCACUUGUCCUCACAACUACCUGGCGGCCAGGAUGGAGUAUGGAGUUUUGGGGGAAAAUAUGUCUCGGACUUCUGGCAGUUUGCUGCAACCGCCCGGCCUUACCAGUUGGCUUUCCAUAGUAGUUUCCACAUGAAAGUAAACGAGAAUUUACAACUUGCCGCCGAGCUUGAGUCAAGCUACCAACAGCAGACUAGUACGGCCACUGUCGGCUACCAGUACGACAUUCCAAAGUCAAACGUAUCUUUCAGAGCUCAACUGGACUCGAACUGGAAUAUUUCUGCAAUGCUAGAAAAGCGGCUGCUGCCGUUCCCGUUCACUUUUACCAUAAGCGCUCUUGGCAACCACGUCGCUUCCAAGUACGAAGUGGGCGUCGGCUUAACCGUUGGUUAA